AUGUCUAAAGAGGAAAAGACAAGACGUCGAAGAGCGUCAUCCAUUGGAAACAUAAACCUAGGUGACAAUGCAGUUCCUUCUUUGACUACCCGAAAGUCGAAUGCUCAGCAGAGAAAGUCUAGCUCCGCCCGUAUUAAUUUAAUCAACAAGAAGGGAAGUUCCGAUUGGGGUUUAGUUAAAAAAAUUGGACUUUCCUUGGUCGAACUGAGCUCGCGUCACACAUGGUUGCCAUUUUUGGUUUCUUUGGUUGCCAUACAUGGCUCGUAUCUGUUAUCUAAUAACCACACUCCAUCCAAUCCAUUGCACAAGUUCGUUGAUCUUUCAUAUAAAAUCGAAGGAACUAACCCUCCCAUGUAUGGCAAAGGAUGGAAAGACUUCUGCUUUGUGUUUUACUUCAUGAUUUUCUUCAGUUUCUACCGUGAAUUUUUGAUGCAAGCGUUACUGAAACCUUUGGCCAGUAAGUUGGGUAUCACAAGAGAGUCUAAAGUCAGAAGAUUCAUGGAACAGUCUUAUUCAAUGUGCUACUAUGGAUUUUCUGGGCCCUUGGGUCUAUAUAUCAUGGCAGGUAUGCCCUUGUGGUACUUCAACACGACAGAAUUCUAUAUUACUUACCCUCACAAAAGUCAUGAAUAUCUGUUCAAGUACUAUUAUUUGGGUCAAGCCGCUUUCUGGUCUCAACAAGCUGUUGUCUUGAUGCUACAAUUGGAAAAGCCGAGAAAAGAUUUCAAGGAGCUGGUUAUUCACCACAUUAUCACCAUUGCACUGAUUUACUGUAGUUACAGAUUUCAUUUCACUUGGAUGGGGCUUGCAGUCUACAUUACCAUGGACAUCUCUGACUUCUUCCUGGCUCUUUCCAAGACCCUGAACUAUGUUGAUUCAGCUUACACUGGUCCCGCGUUCAUGUUCUUUGUGGGUGUCUGGUUCUACUUGCGCCAUUGGCUCAAUGUCAAGAUCCUUUGGUCUGUAUUGACUGAAUUCCGUACCGUAGGUCCAUUUGAAUUGAACUGGAUCACACAGCAAUACAAAUGUUGGAUUUCACAACCAAUUGUAUUUUCAUUGAUUUUUGCCUUGCAGCUGGUGAAUCUGUACUGGUUUGUGUUAAUUCUCCGGAUUUUGUACCGUCACAUCUUUUUAGAUGUUACCAAAGACGAAAGAUCCGACGAUGAAAGCGAAGAAGAAGCCCAAGUAGAACCCUCCAAGAAGGAAGAAUAG